UGAGUUUUAGAUUGAGUCAAUAGGUUUGUCAGUCAGGGGUUAGAGUCUACAUGGUGAAGUUUGGAAACGCUAAUCCGGUUGUGCACUGACACCAUGGUUGAGACCCGUAGUGGGAAGAGCACCAGCCCCUACACCCAGGAGCAGCAAGAGAAGAUGGCCGCCUUAGUGAGAGAAAAUAAGGAAAGGAAGUUGAAGGUGAUCGUAGAGGAGCAGGCGGCGAAGAGGAAGAAAUUGGAGGAAGAGAUGAUGAGGAUUCAGCAGGAGGAGGAAGAAAAGAGAAAGGCUGCCGAAGAGGAAGCAACAGCAGAAGAAGCCAAAGGGAGAAGCCGUAUAGAAGAUAGAGGAGAAAGCAGUGGCACAACAAAUGAGGAUGCUGCAAUGGCGAAGAAAAUAACUGAAUGGAUUGCUAAUUUAUCGUUGGGGGAAGACGAGGAGGCAGAGUUUUAUGUGCCUCAGGAUGAGAGGGAUGCGUUAGCCAGUGAGAUAGCGGCAAUGGAGGACCCUCUGGAACGGAGAGAAAGAGAAGAAGAGAAGAAGUUGGAGUGGAAACUGAGGAUGAAGAGGGAGAAGAAGAGAAGGAGGGACGAAGUUAACAGGCUGACCGAGGAGGUGGCAAGAAUGAGAGAUUGUAGACAGGAAGUGCAGGCGCAGACAGACAUGUCUGCCAAGAUGGAUAAAGUGCUGGGUUAUCUAGAAGUGUUGAGUGCAGCCUGGUUGGAGGAGCGCCAAGCCAAUAGGGGUCAGGAUGUGGUCCUGAGUGCCAUGCGGUCAGGAUUUAGAGACUUCGCGCGCGAGAUGGUCACUCACGUUGGAGGCGAAGUUAGGCGACUGAGAGACAGCAUGGGGAAGUUAUGCGAGGGGGCCAUCGAGGGCGCCAAAGCAAUAGUCGUUGUAGAGGGUGAAGCCAGGCCCCGUAAAGACCCAGUCAAACUUAAGUUCCCAGAUGCGUAUGGAGGGAAGAAGGAAGAAAAUUUCGAUAACUGGGAGGCUAGUGUGAAUAGCCACGUGUAUCUACAGCACAUCCUGACUGAGGAGCAAGUCCCCGUGGCCUUCCAGUCUCUUAAGGAUGAGGCGGCUAGUCCCUCGCGCGCGCAGCCGGCCGGCAUCACGUAUGAUGUGUCAAGCAGGGAAGUCGUCCUGUUCGAGUCAGAAUCCAUACCAAUAUCCACUUUCUGGCAUAAGGACCUGGACAAGGGGAAGAAGUGGAAAGGCCGUACCAUCUCAGGCCAAGUGAGGGCCAAGGAUCAUAUGAUCCUUACCUUAGAGGAAGGUGGUACAGAUGAGGUCCCAUACAGUCAGUUCGAAUGGGGCCUUGAGGAGGAGGACAGUAGCGUGGGGCAGGGGAGGUCCUAUGCUGCUGUCACGGCUGGAGGGAGGCCGCAAGGUAGAGGAGGAGGCCAGGGCCAAAAGGGCUAGGCCAUGGGAGGCCGAGGACGAGGCGCACGGGGGGUUGGCGGACAAGGGUCCCCCGCCAAAUCGCGAGGGUUCUUGUCGGUCUCCACAGCGACGAGGUGGAAGGCCACCUCAAGGAGGAUGGCACCUAGGCUUGCCUCAGGGCAGGCUCUGGGAGGAUUUGGGCUUGGACCAACACGUAUGGCAAGAACGUGUGGACCAGGGUUAGUGCGUAUUUUGUGGUGACCCGGCCCAUGUAAUAAAAUUUUGUCCCAAGU